GCGCUUGAAAGUGCUUGUGUUGUGGUGGGAAGAAAAAGUGAGGAUAUCCCAGCUGCUGUCCUGGUCGGUCUGUCAUUGUUCUCAUUAUUAGAUAUAUAUUACUAUACUACUACUACUACCUUUUGUUCCUUGGACCGUGCUAGGUUUUUCCUGGCCUGGCAUUUAUUCGCUGGUCUCUUCGCCCUGCCUGUCCUGCCUACAACAGUAUCCGCCCACCACCACCACCACCUCCACCUCCACCUCCACCACCUCGGUCGGGAACACACAUCUCCCCCUCCGCUUCAACCCUCCCCAUUUCUACCGUCCAACCCCUCUGCGCAUAGUAUUCCAUAUCGACGCAAUCUCUAGUACUUGCUAUCCAGCUCUGCAGCACCGUUUGUUGAACCAGCCGGUUCCUGCGGGAAACUAAGCGGGACCAGUGCAAGCAUUUUAACUUCCCGAGCCACAACCAAGGAUUCGAAAAGCGAAAGCGAAUUGUGACGUCCCCGAACUGCUGGGCUCCUCAGCGCUUUGUUGUCAGGCUGUUGCAGUUGUACUUCGCAGCAAGCAGAUUGGAUUAUAUCGGCCCAUGUACCGUGACAGCAAAUAUUUCUUGUUAGCGGCAAAAGAACCAAAUCUAGGAUAUAUUCUACCGUCCUUGAGAUUCUCUAGACCCCUCCAUCUCGCUCUCAAACCGGGAACGGCUCUGUAAAAUCGCCAUGCUGCCAGUUUUGCGUGUUUUGUGUGUCUGAUGCUGGAUAUUUUACUCUGCUAGAAAUUGAUUAUUGAAGGCCAGUAGAUGGUCUGGGGCUUGGUAAGCCGAUUGAAAUGAUGGAAAUGGCAACAGAGGACAAGUCCAAAGCGCACGUUUUACCGGCGUCCCAACCUGGUCAUCGGUUGCCCGCCCCUCCUCGGGGCCAUUAUGAACCCGGGUGGCGCCCAUAUAAUACUUAUGACGGCCCCAACCCGGAACAUCAUGGUGAGACCCCGCGUGCACCACCUGUGUACAUGGCUUCGGCACGUACCAACCCACAUGCACCUCCCGAAAUGUCGUAUGGACGACCAGGUAGUAUCUCAGCUCCUCCUCCCCAGGCUCCCACUGAGUCCCAUCCACCCACUGGCUCGUAUCGGCCCAUGAACGGCUCCCAAGAGCAGGCGCAGCACCCGCAAGCACCACCGCAACAAGCUGGACCUGGACCUAGCAAUUUCCAACAGCCACGGAUGGGAUACCCUCCGGAUGCGCGCCAUCUCAACGGCGAAACUCAAGGAAUACCGAUGUACACCCAUGGUGAUCCAAUGCAACCAAUACCUGCCUCACAACCGUACACCUCUGGAGGACAUGUACCUCCUACCCCAGGAUUGUAUGAUACGAGUAGUUACUUUCUUGCUCAAGCUGGAAUGCCUCUAGCGAACCGUCAACGAAGGACGACGCGAGCUCAGCAGGCUUGCGACCAAUGCCGCUCACGGAAAGCGAAAUGCGAUGAAGGUCGACCGGCUUGUAGUCAUUGCAAAGAAAAUAAUGUUCCGUGCGUCUACAAGGAUGUUCCUCCUCAGAAGCAAGAGAGGUCGACUCAGAUCAUCAUAGAAAGAAUAGACCGACAGGAGGAGUCAGAAAAGGCUGCAAGAGAAGACUUGAUGACACGACUAAAUGAGAUGAAGGCUCUUUUAGCUGGGGUCAAGUCGCAAAUAGAUGCUAUGGCUGGUUCUACUCGCCCAAGAAAACAGAGCCAUCUGACGCCGUCCCUCGCGAAGGUGGAGGCAAAUGCGAAUUUUAUCGCAGCAAAUCUCAAAUCACCAGAAAAACAAACCCCGGUUGAGCGUCUAGACAGCGACGAAACUCGGGUUUCCGAGGGUUACAUGAAAGAACUGCACGGUUCUGAUGUUGGCGAGCUGUCAAUACCAAUUGAACAUACGACUGCUGCCCAUAAGCUACUAUUAUGGCCAUCUAUUCAAAAGCUGCUCCCUGAGAGGAUCGAUGCCGAUUAUGUGAUGCAGCUGGAAGAAAAUCGUGGUCCCCUCAGGUUGUAUGGUAUUGGAGAGGGCGAUGACACUUUUGCGGAGAGCCCAGUUACUUCACAUACAACCCUAGAGCAAGACCCUACUAUUGCAUCUUUAGCCAGUGCAAAUGUAUGGGGCUCGGGUUUUGGAUUUCCUUCUGGAUUUGACACCAAUAGAUUCUCCAUGCAACCGCAUCCAGGUGGAUUAACUCCCUACGGUACCUUGAAUCUCGAAGCGGACACUAUUCAAAGAUACUAUCAGAGUUAUCUAGAUAACAUGCACGCUCUCCACCCAUUCCUUGAUGCAUCGGCAUUGCACCAGAUGGUUUGCAAUUUUGUUAACAAUUACAGCCCUCGCAAACCCGCUUUCUCAUUCUCACCUCAAAUACCACAAAGCCAUAACGAGAGAGUAGCUGCAAUACCCAAAGGUAAAAGAAAACGAUCCGCCGAAGUGGCCUUUGAAGUAACCCCAGAAUCGAUUCCUGAAAACACUGGAGCUCUCAGCACUGUAAUCCACAAGUCUUUGGAUAACGCUGUUGUCCUUCUUGUGUUGGCUCUGGGCUCAAUAUGUGACGUUAAAACAGUUAUACCUGGGCCAUUGAACCGGAGCAACAACGCACAAUCCCCUUUACAAUAUCAACAAAUUACCACAACUUCCCCGACCCUAUCCGAUUCCGGGAAACUGUCAGCAUUCCAUCCUCCAAAUGAAGAGUUUUUUCCAUUGUCAACGGGACAUCACCGAAGAUUUUCUGCUGCAGCACAUCAUUCUACAGAUUCCUGGAACUCAACGGAUCAAUCUGACCCGCCGUUGCGAAACUUGGAUAUCAUUCCUGGCCUAGCAUAUUUUGCGUUGGCGUCAGAUAUUCUAGGUGAUGUGCUAGGUGGUGGUGGUCUGAAACACACGCAAGCUUGCUUGCUCGCGGCCCUGUAUACUGGGCAAGUCGCGCGCCCCUUUUCAAGCCAUGCUUGGAUAUGCGAAGCUGCUCGGGCUUGUCAAAUUCUUCUCCGACCCCGCACAUUUGAUCGUAUACCGAAGGGAACGCGCCAGAAAGAGCUAAUCAACUUUGCCUUUUGGACGUGUCUACAGCUUGAAAGUGACAUUCUCGCCGAACUGGAUCUUCCGGCUAGCGGGAUAAGCCGCUUCGAAGAUCGGGUUUAUACCGAAGCUGGUCUCUUCAUAAGUACAAAUGAACUACAGACCCCCGAUCCUCUUACCAUGAUUUACUAUGUUGCGCAAAUUCACUUGCGGAAAGUUUUGAAUCGAGUCCACACGGAGUUAUACAAAGCUGAGACACCUGAAUCUAGGGGACGAAAAGUAUCUUGGUCGACCAAAGUACAAGAAGCCCUAAGCUGUAAUCUCGAAGCAUGGAGAACUGGACUACCAGACAACAUGCGAUGGGAGGAAACCGACCCCCCUUCUGACAAUAUUAUCAUCGCGCGAAUGCGGGCGAAAUACUACGGCGCUCGCUAUAUUAUCCAUCGACCCUUACUCCACCAUGCCCUGCACCCCAUGGCCAAAUCUCUUCCAGGGACUGCCAAUUCCGUCCCAUCACCCAGCGCUUCAACUGUGUCCAGUUCACAGUCACAAGCGUCGCCGCUGUCGGCUAACCCAGCUCAUCUUCCACACGGUAUGGAGCGGCUCACGAGUGAUAUGGGCCCCCCCAGCAGGCCAGUGGUGCACUCCGAGAACCAACACCUGUCUAUCAAAACGCUUGAUUCGAAAAUCCGUAAGGCUUGCCAGGCGUGUAUUGACGCGGCAAUACAGAGUACGAUAGCAUUUGAUGGCGUCGCGGGACGACCGGUUGUCACUAAUAUCUUUGGAACGGCACACGCGCAAUAUGGAAAUAUGCUCGUUUUAUCGGCAACCUACAUGUCACCCCUGUCACAGCUCGUGGACAGAGAAACUCUCCGAGCAUUGCUAGACCGCACAAUCAACUUUCUAUUACAAAGCCGGCAUAUUUCCCCGACCCUUAGUAAAGAUGCCGAAAUACUGACGUUAAUUCGGCGAAAAAUAUUUGAUACUCCGACCACAAGUUUUUCGUCCGUUGAGGGGUGACCGAAGUCACCAUCGCCAUUUCUAUUAUUGGCGGUUCUUGUGGUGGGUGCUUUUCUCUCUUCCUUCUAUUUUCGCUAUACAUAUUCUCCCAUCUAUAUUCUCCAUACUUAGUCAUAUUUUUUUAACUUAAUUUUUUUUUCAUUUCGCCAUGAAUUCUUUUUUCCCUUCGGGUUGACGUUGCUGAUUUAGUCUAUAUAUUUCUCUUUUGCCUAUGCGCUCUCCCCUUUUCUCAGUCUAUUUUGUUUUAUUGAUGUUCAAAAGAUCUUUCUAUUUUUCUCUUUCAAGAGCUACGUAUGUACAUGUUUUCUGUUUGGUUUAGCUUCCUGUUCUGCUCUUUUUCUUUUUUUCUUUCAAAUACUGCGGGAUAUCCACUUCCUGUUUUUUUUUCUUUUUUUCUUUUUUCCGAUUCACGAGACCCUUCUGGGUCACAAGUUUGGCGAUGUGAUAGUGUUCAACCCUUUUUUUCUUUUCAUUGUUGCCUUUAACUCUACACCGCUCUCGUUAUUAUCUACUGGCCUAUUUCUUUGUCCUCAGGGUGGUGUGGUUUUGAAUUUGGUUUUAAAUUUUGGUUUUAGUUUUUCGUCGGCUGUUUGUUUUUUUGGAUCUUCCUUGGACUCGAGGGGGACUUGUUCAUCUCCAUAUUUCCCUCAUCUAUCAUUUCAUCAUAUAUAUGGAUAUAUUCCUGUCCAUUGGGCGGUCGUUGUGAUCUUAUAUAUUAUUUUACAUAUACUUGAACGCGAACCUCUUGGGUUUGAGUUUUACGCGCAUUUAGCCUUUUGGUUUAUUUGAUUCUUCUUGGUCCAUUGGAUCCAACGAUUGUGUUAUAUUCCAAACGGCGACAAUGAGCCCCGGGCAAACGGAGUCAAGACGACAAAAUUGGUUUUGAAUAGCCCGGUGAGGGAGUUUUUUCCUUUUUUUUUUUUAUUUUACCCCUGUAUAGACUUGAAUACAAUAACUAGU